AUGAUAGCAGUUAUUACAACAUUAUUAACAUUUUAUUUAAGUAAGAAUAAUAUUAUUACUUUACUUAUAGCUAUUGAAAUUUUAUUAUUAACAAUAACUAUUAAAAUUAUUUAUAUCGGUGGUGUAUAUGAUGAUAUACAAUCAACUAUAUAUGCUUUAUUAAUUAUAAUACUUGCCGGUGCUGAAUCAGCAAUAGGUUUAAGUUUAUUAGUAUCGUAUUACAGAUUAAGAGGGAAAAUAACUAAUAUAUUAUAAUGUCU